AUGGCCGAGGAUUUGACACAACAGCUUUGGAAGGACAUCACAGAUGGCGCGUGUUUCUCACUGCAAUCGGACGAGUCUACGGACGGAAUGUGUGUUUGCUUUUUGACUUUUUCACCAGUUCUGUCUGUGGAGCCGAAUUCACCUCAAAUAUUCAGAGGAGAGACGGUUACACUCACAUGUAGGAUUUCAGGAUGGAGUGGACCGUACUACUGGAACAAAGAUGGUGGUUAUAGUCACAGAUCUGCUGAAAAUUACUACACUAUAAAAGUAGAUCAGAGUCACAGAUACAGAUGUUACGGGUCUACUUAUGGAUGGUCAACGCCAUGGAGCAAGGAAGUGACUCUCUCAGUGAUAGAGAGACCAAAAGCCGUUCUGACUCUGCAGCCUGAUGGACAGAUAUUCAGUGGACAGGAAGUCACUUUCACAUGUGAAAUACGAGGACAUGCAGACACUGAGUGGAUGUACAACUGGUAUAAAGAUGGUGUCCAAAUAUUCUCCUACACUGAGAGCAGGAAAUAUUCAUUCACUGCUGUAGAGUCUCUCAGCGCUAAAUACACCUGCAGCGGACGGAGAAGAAGCGACUCUCAGACCUCAGAGACCAGCAACACUGUUACACUCACUGUGUCAGAAAAACCCAAACCGACUGUGAGAGUGAAUCCUCAGAGCUCCGUCUACACUGGAGACAGAGUUACUCUGAACUGUAAUCUGCUGUCUAAUGGAUGGACUUUUCUCUGGUACAAAGAUGGAGUCCAAGUAGCUGAAGACACCAACACACUCCAUGAUACAGUCUCUAAUGCAGGAGAAACAGUGUAUCAGUGUAAAGCACGCAGAGGAAACUACGACUCAGAGCUCAGUGAUCCAGUUACAGUUACAGUUAGAGGUGAAUCUCCUCCAGUGUCUCUGAUCAUCAAUCCCAGCAGAACUCAACACUUUACUGCUGACUCUCUCUCACUGAGCUGUGAGGACCAGAGUGACUCUACUGGAUGGACAGUGAGAGGAUACACACACAGUGAGACAGUGUCUGAUUGUUCAUCAGUUUCAGGAUCUACAUGUAACAUCAGCUCCCUCUCUACAUCACACACUGGAGUUUACUGGUGUCAGUCUGAAUCUGGAGGACGCAGUAAUCCUGUCAACAUCACAGUGCACCAUGGUCAUGUGAUCCUGGACAGUCCUGUCCAUCCUGUGACUGAGGGACAUCCUCUGACUUUACAUUGUUUAUCUCGCAACUCAAAGACCUCAGCUUCUGGUGUUGAUUUCUAUAAAGAUGGUUCAGUCCUGCAGAACAAGACUACAGGAGAGAUGACCAUCAGUACUGUCUCAAAGUCAGAUGAAGGUUUCUACCACUGUAAACACCCAGAGAGAGGAGAGUCACCGAAAAGCUGGGUUUCAGUCAGAAACUCAGGGUCUGGAUCCAGUAUUGAUAUAGUAUUUGUGGCUGUGGGACUGAGUUUGGCCUUGCUGUUCAUCAUCCUUUUACUGAUCCUGCGUUGGUGGCACAAAUCCAUCAAAGGAAAGGACAGAGACAUACAGCAGAACAGCAAUCAGACACCAGGCCAGAACCCGAGUCAGUCAGGAGCUGAGGAUUCUCAGUCAGGACACACUCCACUUCAGACCGAUGUGCACAUUUAUGCCACUGUGGAGAAUGCAAGUAAAAGAGAGAUUUCUUUAUUUCAUGUCAAAUAUUUCCACUUACACUAGAAGGAAUAAAUCUCAGAUUAACACCAUACAGUAAAUACAUCUCCUGUAGUGACUAUCACAUUGCACUGUGAUUAGGUGACUCUGCAGCUGAACUCAGUGGGGCCGUUUAUGCACAGGUCAUGAAGAAAAAGGAGUCAUACAAGAAUAAAGGUGGAGUAUUUUUAUACUGCAACUUCACAUUUUAUAUAUAAAAACACUUACAGUCUACAGUACAUUCAAUCAUCUACUAUACUAAAAAUCUGCAUGCACCUCCCAUUCUAGGUGUCAGUUCCACUAUAAACCUCAGAAAGAAAGAAACUACUAAAACCUGUUUAUUAUAUAAUAUAUUCUACAUAAUACCACAUGUGUAAGGGAUAAUCCAUGGCUAGGUGUACAUUACACGAUUUUAAUACACUACGUGGAGGCAAA